AUGGCAAUGUUUCUAUUGAUUGUUUUAUUAACAAUAUUACUCGGGGACGUCGGACAUGGACUGGACAUCAAUAUUACUGUACUAGACACCGCUACAACACAAGGCGCUGUGUGUCUAGAUGGGAGUCCACCUGCAUAUUACUUUGAUAGGGGAUUUGAUACUGGACUUUCCAACUGGAUUAUCUUCCUUGAAGGAGGUGGAUGGUGUGAAAGCAUCUCCGAUUGCCAAAGUCGUACAACUACAGACAAAGGUUCUUCCAAGAAUAUGAAGAAUCAAUCACAAUUUGCUGGGAUACUUCAUAACACUCCCCAACAAAAUCCAGACUUUUACAAUUGGAACAGAGUGUGGGUGAAUUACUGUGAUGGAGCAUCUUUUACCGGCGAUGUCGAACAUGUUGAUCUAGAGAAAAAACUUUAUUUUAGAGGAGCAAGAAUAUUUAAAGCUGUUAUGGAUGAUUUAUGGAGCAAAGGAAUGCAAAAUGCUAAAAAUGCAAUCCUGAGUGGAACUUCUGCUGGAGGAUUGGCUACAAUCUUGAACUGUGACAAGUUCCGGUCCUUCUUUCCUGAUGAUGUCAAAAUAAAGUGUGUUGCAAAUGCAGGCUUCUUCAUCAAUGCCAACACAAUCUCUGGUACUCCAAAUAUUCGUAAAAUGUACCAGAGAGUUGUUAAUUUACAUGGAUUAGUUAAGAAUUUGCCUCAAGCUUGCACGUCUAAAAUGGAACCGAGUUUGUGCUUCUUUCCUGAAAAUAUUGUUCCAUAUGUUCAGACUCCACUAUUUAUAAUAAAUUCAGCAUAUGAUGCUUGGCAGAUCAGUAACACUUUGGUUCCUCCAAACCUCGAUUCUCAACAUACCUGGAAGCAUUGCAAGGAUAGAAUAAGUGACUGCACAUUUAGUCAGCGUAUAACUAUUCAAGCUUUUGGAGAAGAGUUCUUGAAGAUAUUCGAGGGACUCACCCCUCAUUAUACGAGGGGUUAUUUCAUCACUUCUUGUCACACUCAUGCACGUAUUGUAUGGGAGAAAUAUUGGUUCAAUGCUACUUCUCCAAGAAUACUUAAUAAGACAAUUGCGGAAGUUGUUGGUGAUUGGUAUUUUGAUAGAGCAACAUUUCAUCAAUAUAUAGAUCCAUAUCCUUAUGCUAGAGAUUGCUAG